AUGAGCCGAGCGCUCUGGGGGCUCCUCCUCUCCUGGAUCACGGCAGCUCAGGUGAGAGGGAUGCAGCAGGUCCAGGAGUCACCAUCCCCUGCGGGGUUUCCAGGGUGCAAGAAGGCCAUGCAGCUCUCAAGCCUGGAAGUCCUGCCUGGAGGGGGCUGGGAUAACCUCAGGAACUUGGACAUGGGCAGAGUCAUGAACUUGGGCUACUCGCUAUGCAAGACCACAGAAGAUGGGUCCUACAUCAUCCCAGAUGAGGUCUUCACCAUCCCUCGCAAGCAGAGCAACCUGGAAGUCAACUCAGAGAUCAUUGAGUCCUGGAAGGAUUACCAAAGCACCACCUCUGCCUCCAUCAACAUGGAGCUGUCCCUCUUCUCCUCCAUCAAUGGCAAAUUCUCAUAUGACUUUCACCGGACCAAGACUCACCAAGUCAAGGACCAGGCGGUCACCACCCGAGUCCAGGUCAGGAACCUGGUCUACACCGUCAAAAUCGACCCAGGAGCAGCCCUGGACAAGAGCUUCAAGAAGCAGCUGCUGCUGAUUGCCAGCCACCUGGAGAACAACCAGACGCGGAUGGCCGAUUUCCUGGCGGAGCUGCUCGUGCUCAACUAUGGCACCCACGCCAUCACCUCCGUGGACGCCGGAGCCACCUUGGUCCAGGAGGAUCAGGUCAAGGCAACCUUCGUGAAGGACAGCUGGGCCACGCGGAGCGCGGUCACCGCCUCGGCCGGCGUGGCCUUCCACAGCAUCAUCGAAGCGAAAACCCAGGGCUCCGAGGACGUCAGCUCUGCUUUCACCAAGCAGUACAUGGAGAACCGCACCAACUCCAGGGUGGAGAGCAUCGGCGGCAUCCCCUUUUACCCGGGCAUCACCCUCCGCACGUGGCAGGAGGGCACCAGGAACCAGCUGGUGGCCAUUGACCGCUCGGGG